AUGUUCCGGGUUCGUGCUGGUUUUCGUCCAAAACUGGUCUACUUUAUAUUGAAUUCAAUUCUGUACAGUUCAUGGCUGCUUGGCAUAUUCCCCUUUAUUUAUGAGCCCCAGAAGAGGAGAUUGCAUCGCUCUAAAUGGUUACUCCUCUAUGGAUUUGUACUGAACUCAGGUUUGCUUUUCCUCAUGUUAAAACAUGAGGGAGAGACUAAAGGAAACGAGGGAAACUUGGAUGUAUUUGAGAGGAACUUUGUGCUGAAGCAAAUCAGUCUGCUGUUGGGAGUCUUCGGUGUCCUGGCCAUCUGCACAAUUUACGUGCGAACCUUCUGGCGAAGCAAGAAUCUGGAAAAAAUAUACAAUGAACUGAUGCAACUGGAAAGGAGAUACUUUUACUCAAACGCAGUAGAGUGCCAGACUUUCGAUGCCUAUGUGAUUCAGAAGGGACUCCUGAUAGUCGGAGGAGUGGCAUCCUCAAUUGUGGUGCACUUUGGAGCACCCACUCAAUCGCUGCCCAUAAGUUAUCUCAUUGUCGUAACACUGAUCAAGUUGGGAACAUUCCUUCUGGCCAUACACUUUCACCUUGGAGUGGCCUUCAUCUACCGUUUUGUGUGGUCCAUCAAUAGGGAACUCCUCGACUUGGCUAGUUACUUGAGGGUUCAUCCAUCCGGAGGCUCAUCCCGAAUUCGCUUGCUCCUUAAACUCUACAGGGAGCUGGUGGAUCUCUACGGAAGAUUGACUGAUUGCUACGACUAUCAGACAGCCCUGAUGAUGAUCGUUUUUCUGGCAGCCAACAUCAUCGUGUCCUUCUAUAUCAUUGUCUACACCGUCAGUUUAAGCAAGAUGUCCUUCUUUGCGAUGGUGAUUAUGUUUCCUCUGGCUCUGCUCAACAAUUUCCUGGACUUUUGGCUCAGCAUUGCUAUGUGUGAUUUGGUGGAGAGAACUGGUAGACAAACCUCCAUGAUCCUGAAGUUGUUCAAUGACAUCGAGAACAUGGACAAGGCACUAGAAAUGAGUAUCUCCGACUUUGCUUUGCUCUGCAGCCAUCGGAGAUUUAAAUUCCUUCACUGUGGUCUGUUUUAUGUAAACCGUGAGAUGGGCUUUCAAAUGCUCGUCACUAGUUUCCUGUACUUGCUUUUUCUUGUGCAGUUUGACUUCAUGAACUUGUAA